AUGAUUGCGAAAGUGCGCGGACUGAAGGCGCGCUUCGAUGCGCUGCUGAUCGAGCUGCCCGCGCCGCCCGAGCCGCGACCGUCAUCGUCGCCGCCGGCGCCGGAGCGGAGAGCGGCGUCGCCGCUGGCAGCGUCGGCACUGAGAGCGGCGCCGCCGGCACCGCCGAAGGCGCCAGCGCCGGCGAAGCCAACGCCGCCGCCAGCACCAGCGAAACCGCCGAAACCAGCACCGGCGACACUGCCGCCGACCUGCGCCGUCGCGAAGCUCGUCUACGCCGCGGCUCAGUGCGCGCCGCUGCGACGCGCGACGGACGACGAGCUCGGCGCGCUGCUCGGCCUCGGCUCCCGGCCGCCGCAGGGCGAGCGGGCGCUCUGGGUCGACCUCGCCGAGCCGCCCGUCCACGUCGACCUCGACGCGCUGCCGGCGGUAUCGGGGCUCGCGGGACGGCGGCGCGCGACGGAGCUCGUCGUCCGCGACGGCCCGUCGCUCCGCGGCGCGGCCGCCGUCGCCGUCGCCUUCGACGACGGCGAAGGCGUCGUCGCCGUCGUGCCGGCCUUGGGCUACGAGAGCCGCCGCGCGCUGGAGGCGCUCGUCGCGGCCGCGGCGGGCGCGCGGGACGCGCAUGCCUACGCUUCGCCCGCGGCGCUCGACACGGGCGCGGAAAACGCGCCGGAAGACGACGCGUACUGGUCGACCUACGGCGGCGGCGCCGCGGCCAAGGUCUACCGCGAUCACAUCGACGCGUUGAUUCUAAACGCGAUCGAGGACCUGCCGCCGCCGGCGACGAUCGGCGAGCUCUGCGGCGGCGAGGGGUCCCUCGCCCUUCGAGCGCUCGAGCGCUUUCCGGCGGCGGACUACGUGCUCUACGAGCGCAACGCGGUGCUCGCGGCGGCGGCGCGGGCCAAGGGCCUCGGUGUGCGCUGCGGCGACGUCCAAGAGCACGCAUCGCUGGCGCCCGCGGACCUCUGGAUCGCGUCCGGGUCCGUGCUCUGCGCGCACGUCGGCGCGCGCGACGCCUGCGGCGCGACGCUCGCGAAGCUCAGCGCCGCGCUCGCGGACGGCGGCCACGUCGUCGUCACGGGCUUCACGACGACGUGGCUCACGCCGAGGCUCCUCCGCGACGCCGGGCUGCGGGCGGUCCGCGGCUCCGUGCCCGUGCCCGCCUCCGCACCGUCCCUCGAGACGGCCUUCGGCCGCUUCCACCUCUGGGUCCUGCGCGCCGCGGCCGGGCCGCUCCCCCGGCUCCACGGCGCGCUCUGCGUCGAGUCUCCUACUUAG